GCUCCAUGUGCUUUAUGGAGGCGUUUAUUCAUUUUAGCGGAGUGUAUUUUUUUAAUCACUGUUGAAGAAAAACUCACCAGGAGUCCUAAAAGCGCUUCAUUACAAAUUCUGCUUUACCGCAGCAUCUUUCUACAGGUCACGUGUGUCACUGGAUCUCUACUAAACAAACUCUACCGUCCUGUAAAUAUGAGGUUAUUUUUCUGUUUAUGAUCUUCUUGUCUACGAGAUGAAUUCCUUGCAGAGACUGAUGCAGUGGCUGUUCAGGAACAUUAUACAGGAUAUUGAGACAAUUGGAAAUGCAUCAUAAAUCAGUGUCUCAUCAUGGAUGCCGCAGGAUUGGAUUUCCAAAGCAUUUUCAGGCUGUUGCGUACAGGAUCUGCUCCCAGCCUGAGCAGUGAAGAGCUCGCCAGCAGAAUCUCAUCAUGUGUUGUUCAAACAGAAAACACUCUUGCGGCAUCUGUCACACACACAGACGUCAUGUGCUUGUGUCUCACUCUUGUUGAGACCAUCAUUAACAGGCUGACAGCACAGAGUCUGCCACAAGAUGUCGCUAUAUUCUAUGAAGAUGUCACGAGGAGACUGUUUGGAGAAAUGAAUCUGAUGGCAAAACUGGUUUCCCUCCUCAGCUGUCAGGACCGACUGGUGUCUCAUUUAUCUGCAAAGUGUACGUCAGUCUAUGUCAUCAGUGACAUUUGCAUUAAUGGAGGCAGCAGCUCGAUCUGGAGACACGCGUGUGCUGAAGUGUUUCAGAAGUCAACGGCCAGCAGUGAACUGGACUCCUGUCUGUGGUCACUGACCGCUGUGUUAAAAGGAGUGCUGAGAGCAGAAAAAUGCCAGAAUAAAAGCGAUGUUUUGAUGAAGUUUCUUUCUGGAUUGGAUGCCUCCAUCACUGACUUGCACAACAACCUUCUGACUCAAGACCCUCACAAAAGAGAACUGAUGAAUCUCUCUAAAACCAUGUGUGAGUUCUUUGACCUCCUUGAGGUCCUCAGCGCUGCCCGGCUCAGAUAUGGAGUCUGUUCUUCUGUUCAGAGAGUCAUAUUCGUUGAGUCGCAAGCGCUCCUUCAUGUCAUGAGAGCUGACGUGGAAUAUUUUGUGAAGAAACGAGCGCUGCUUCUCCUGAAGAGAAGUCUUCUGCGGAGAGCCGGGGACGAUUGGGCUUUAGGUGAAGUCAGUCCUCGUCACAUGAAGAUCACAGCCUGACCGAGGACAUGUUGGCCAUGGCAGAUGGAGUGUUACAGGAAGUGAAUGCAGGCUGGCUCAAGGAAGUGCCUGUGAAAGCUCAGUCCAGUUUCUUUGGUGGGAACUGUGAUGUGGGACUCGCUGGGACGCAGAAGGACGAUGUGAUUCUGAGAGCCGUCAGCCUGAUUUUGCUGAAGUCACUAGAAAUAAACAUCCAGUCCCUUCAUUGGAAAGGAGCUCAGAGUGACAUUGACGUCCGGCGGUAUUUAACAGAGCUCAUGUCAUUCCUCCAGCGUCACGGGACUCUGGUGUCCGCAGACGCUCACAGCUGCUCCUGGGUGUCUGUAGUGUUUGCUGAGCAGGAUGAUGACAUGAUGGAGUCAACCAAGACUUUGAUUGGCUUGUAUUUAUAUC